CCUCCUGCACUCAGAGGACGCAUGAGAGCUGAGGAAAGUCGGAGCAAACUGAAGUCGGUGUUAAAGUCAGUCUACCUCUCAGAGCGACCAUGAGAGUCCUCCUGCUCAUCUGCAUGCCAGUUCUGCUGCUCGCCCAGGCUCAGUACCAGGAACCAUUUCCUUUUUUGGAGGACUACGGGCCGGAUUACUUUCCAGAGAAUCCAGAUUCUGAAAAUCCAGACUCUCUUCCUGGAACCUACCAGCAGCAGGUUCGACUCCAGCCAGUGGUCCGUCCAGAAAAAUCAGACUCUGAUUUGGAGACGGAGCCCACGGAGCCCGGCCCUCUUGAUUGCAGAGAGGAGCAGUAUCCCUGCACCAGACUCUACUCUGUUCACCAGCCAUGCAAGCAGUGCCUGAACAGCCUCUGCUUCUACAGUUUGCGACGGGUGUACGUCAUCAACAAGGAGGUGUGUGUGAGGACUGUAUGCCGACAUGAAGAGCUGAUCAGAGCGGACAUGUGUCGUGAUCAGUUCUCCCGCUGCGGUGUGGCGGCGCUGAGCGGCCAGUGUUCAUCAAUAGGAGGAAGCUGCGGGAAGAGCUGCGGCGGCUGCUGAUUGAGCAGAGAUCAGGGACACUUCCUGCCCAGAUACUGCCGCUUCUUCUGUUACCACUCAUCCACGUCCUCCCCCUCCGUACUCCUCCAUCCUCACGGUUUCUCCUCUACAAUUAUUACUCCUGUGCGAAAAGCACUUUUUUGUCGUGUUUAUCUUUGUCUGCCCAGUAGGUCCUGUGUGUGUGUGUGUGUGUGUGUUUGUGUUUGUGUGGAUGAAUAUACUCCAAAGAACAUUGACGAUUGUAUAAAUCACUGGUGCUAUAGAAUCAUCACACUGGUGCUAUAAAAACUAUUAGAGAUGCACAUAAAACCGCGGAACAUCUUUUUUUUCUAUUAUUAUUU